AUGCACUCCUACAUUGCCACAGCCAUUGCCGCCCUUCUCCUCACCAGCACCCUCGUCCAUGCCCAGUUCAGCGAGCGUGGUGAGGGUUGCACCACCCUGCAUUGUCAAAGGCACGAAUUUAUGAUGAAGGAGCGUGAGAAGCUAAAUGAGAUGCAGCUUGACUUGAUGGAGAUGUUGAUGGACAUCCAGACCAUGAAUGAGCAAGAAGCCUACUACGCCGGCCUCAGUGGUGUGGCUCUCCAACAACCACAUCGGAUGCCCAUUCAGGGGGUUCAGCGAUUGUUUGACGUCUCGGUGGGCAGUUGUCAUCGACAGGUUCACACAAAGCCGUAA